AAGGCCCUGGCAAAAACGGUUAGCGGGGAGCGCGGUAAAGAAUUGGAGUUGGCGAUACAAUAGUGAUCUCAAGGAACAUGUCAAAUAGGGCCAUGCAUCUUUAACCUUGUUCAUCUGCCUCCUGGAAACAAAGAGAGAAACAAAAGAAUAGAGAAAUUUACAUAUAUCUUGUAGAUAACGAUCAGGAUGAACGAUGCAGAUGUAUCGAAACAGAUACAGCAGAUGGUGAGAUUCAUUCGGCAGGAAGCCGAAGAGAAGGCCAAUGAGAUCUCCGUUUCUGCUGAGGAGGAAUUUAACAUUGAGAAACUACAACUCUUUGAAGCUGAAAAGAAAAAGAUCAAACAAGAUUACGAGCGGAAGCUGAAGCAGGUCGAUAUUCGUAAGAAAAUUGACUACUCCACGCAGCUUAAUGCUUCCCGUAUCAAGGUUUUACAAGCUCAAGAUGAUAUUGUCACUGCAUUGAAAGACGCUACAACCAAGGAGCUUUUACGUGUUUCCCAGGAUAACAAUCUAUAUAAGAAGCUUCUUAAAGGCUUAAUUCUACAGAGUUUUCUGAGGCUGAAAGAGCCAGCUGUGUUGCUUCGGUGUAGAGAGGUAGAUCUUUCACUCGUUGAAUCUGUUUUGGAGGAAGCAAAACGAGAGUAUGCAGACAAAGCUAAACUAAAAGCCCCUGCAGUAACGCUUGACAAGCGGGUUUAUCUCCCUCCGCCUCCCACUAGCGCAGGCAGCCUUGGUCUUUCCUGCUCUGGUGGAGUGGUUGUGGCUUCACUGGAUGGAAAGAUUGUUUGUGAGAAUACUUUGGACGCUCGUUUGGACAUUGUAUUCAAGCAGAAAUUACCACAGAUCCGAAGGGGCCUUUUCGGUUAAGUUACUGCAUAAUCAAGGUGGAUGCUCCCAGUUUUUGGUGUACAUCCCAUGGAUGAGUGGAUCUUAGGAAGUGAUGUGCUGUAUUGUUGCUUUUCAUAACAAACAAAUGAUUGGUACCUUGAUGUAGUUAUCAAAUUGAGCUAAUUUGAUCUUCAGAAUAAGUUUCUGCUGUGGCAUAUACAUUGAUCAUUGUUUUGGUAACUGCCUUGAUUGAAAUUUUAUACUAGUGUAGGUGUCGAAACAAAAUAGACUAUGAUGCAAUUGCUUUGCAUGCCAGAAAUUAAUUUCUUCAGGUGGUUAAUGAGGAUCU